AUGGCGUCGCUAAACGUCGAUUGUAAAGUAAAUGAAACCACCACCGGAAACCGCACCGUACCGCUAAAGAUAAUAGGUCUGGGACUCUCUCGUACAGGAACAUCAUCUCUCCGCCAGGUCCUCCUCAACCUAGGCUACCACGACUGCUACCAUUUCGAAACCCUCGUGCACGAAUCCCGCCAGAACGCAAGCAUGUGGAUGCAAGCCCUGGAAGCAAAAUUCGAGAACCGCGGCACCCCUUUCACCAAACACCACUGGGAUCAAAUUUUAGGGAAUUGCAUGGCACUCACAGACACUCCCUGCACAAUCUUCUACCGCGAACUCCUCGAAGCGUACCCAGACGCCAAAGUCAUCCUCACUAUCCGCGACAAGCUCCAGCAAUGGCAUCGCUCAAUCAUGGACACCAUCGUCCCCUCUAUCCUCCACCACAACGGCGCUGAAAGCAGCCUUACAAUACGCUUUCGCCGGUUCUUCCUCCCCCGGACGCCGUUUGAUCGUGUGAAAGAAUUAAUGCUGAAGCAUUACGGCAUGUUACGUACCCUCGUCGAUGAUCAUGUCAAUGGUACGCACAAUGGGGUAAAAUGGUACGAGGACUAUGUUGAAAAGGUUAAGAGCAUUGUGCCCGAGGAGGAUUUGCUUGUGUUUAAUGUAACGCAGAGCUGGAGCCCUUUGUGUGCGUUUUUAGGGGAGAAGGUGCCGGAGGGCGGGUUUCCGAGGGUUAAUAGUACGGACGAGUUUUGGAAGCAUUAG